CGCGGAGAGGGAGGCAAGGCGCUGUGUUGUCCGGACCCAACGGCCAACACAGUGGCUGUGUGUGUGGUAGGCUAGCCUAGCCAAGCACAGCGCCGUGCACUAAGCUGAAGCUCAGUCUUGAUGUGUCUUGUGCUUUUUGCAACUCGGAACCACCUUUCUCCCAACUGUGUUUUUUCCUGGUGACUUAGAUUCUAGCCUACAACAGUAGGCCUACAAGGCGACAACGAGAUCUACAAGCUGUUCUUAGAUUGUGUUGGGUUGAUAUUUGGAUUAGCAACUUUUCAAAUCAGGAAGUGCUAUCAAAUCAUCUGCUGACACAGGUCUGAUCAGUUGCCUCUGAAAACUCGACUUGAACCCAAACGCCAAGGCCAAGGCUUGUUUUCAAUUUUUUAAAGUGUGUUGAGAGUUAAAAAUCUAGAUCUAGAUCUAGAAUCUAGAUCUAGAUCUAGAUUUAGAUAUCUAGAUUCUAGAUCUAAAUCUAGAUAGAUCUAUAGCCUAGAUUUUAGAUUCGUGCUCGGUGUCCGUUUUGCCUUGCUUUAUUUUGGUGACUCAAAAAGAACAUCCGUUUUGACUGAUGUGUGUGUAAACUUGAAAAGAACAUCCGUUUUGACUGAUGUGUGUGUAAACUUGACGAGAUAUCUAGAUCUAGACUAGCCUAGAUAUAGAUCUAGAUAUAGAUCUAGCCUAUGUUUUCUCUCUCAGCCUAGGCUAGCAUGAUCGAUUGUUGACGCCUGACGCUCGUUGAUGUACUGCUACGACCCAGUGCCGCGGGUGGCCAGCUAAAAUGCCUCCGCAAACGCCCGUUAUGGAUCCUAACACAAACUUGUUGCCAGAUUCCGAUUCCAAUAGCUGUUUGUCAGGGCAGUCGACACAGCCCUCAGCUAAAGAGCCAGCAGCAAAUGCUACUAAUAGUGCCAGAUCUAGAUCUAGAUCAAGUAGCGCAUCAUCCUCCAAAGUGAAGUGUGUACUAGUAGGAGAUGGUGCUGUGGGAAAGACUAGUCUCAUUGUGAGCUACACGACAAAUGGUUAUCCAAUGGAAUACAUGCCCACAGCUUUUGAUGACUACUCUGGAUGACUUCGACGCUCUCCGGCCGCUCUGCUACCCCAACACAGACAUCUUUUUACUGUGUUUCAGUGUGGUCUCUCCCACCUCCUUCAACAACAUUGUGGAGAAAUGGGUGCCUGAGAUCCGUAAGCAUGCUCCCAGAUGUCCCCUCAUGCUAGUGGGCACACAGUGUGACCUGCGCAAUGACGUUAAAGUUCUCAUAGAGCUUGCCAAAUAUAAAGACAAACCCGUGUCCGAGACGGAUGCCAGCCGGCUUGCUCACGACAUUGGGGCCACACACUACAUGGAGUGUUCAGCUCUCACACAGAAAAACCUCAAGGACGUGUUCGACCAGGCCAUUUUAGACUCCUUGAACUACGACCUGGACCGAGAGAAAGAGGCUCAUGGAUCAGACAGGAAGAAAUACUCUGUGCAGGGCGGUGUACGUCAGAGCAGUGCUAUAAAGAAAGCCGGCUGGAAAAAGUUCUGUUGCUUUUUGUGAUGUUUCUGGAAUCCCUGAACAGUUUUGCUGUAUAGAAGAGGUGUGGGCUAUUUCUCAGUUCUGAUAAUUUUGUGAGAAUGUGGCAAGCAAAAUGCUGUCAGUAUUGUGAAAUCAUCAGUACAAGACAUAGUCAUGAAUUUGAAUCCAAGAACUACACCAUUGUAAAAAAAAAAAAAAAGGGUUCUUGUUGGGCUAGACUACAUUAUGAUCACUGAGGUCAUUUUUUAGGCAAAGGUUGCCUGUAAUGUCCAUACAAUGGCUUGUUCACUUUUGUCUGACCACAGUUAAGACAAGAUAAAUGAAAUCACCUGUUCAAUCUUCUCAAAUCUUUGUAUAUGGGUCUAAAAGUUGGAUGACCAACAGAAACCCAGUUAUAAAAGUCACUGCAAACUAAGGUUCCGAAACGUUUUCUUCGAUGUAAGCCUAAAAUGGGUAAGAAAAUAAAUAGGGGAUUUACAUCAUAUGCAAAAGUUGACAUAUUUUCUCAACACCACUCUUUAACGUUCACCUAAGAAACACGAUUCAUGAGACGGGGUGAGUAUUUUUUUUGACUAACGUGGAGCUCAUGGAGAAGUCUAGACAGCAGGGGGAUAAAAUCGAAUGAGCAAUUUGUAGGCAAGGCUACUGUAAGUAAUUUAUUUUAGUGAUCCUGUGCAUGCAUCCAAAGAGCGGUUUUUAAUAUAAGGCCCAAAUAGAAAGACUUUUUUAUUACUGGGUCAAGAUUUUUGAUUUUUAAAAUUUUGUUUGGUCACUUGCUCACAGAAGUGCAAUGCAAAGUUUCAUGGGCAAAGAUAACUUCCUUAAUGAGCUAGAAUUUUUUUAAUGCGGUCAGACGAAAGUGAACAAGCUAUAGUCAUUCCUUGUACUUGAAGGUUGAUAAGUUAGUUUCUCCUAAGCACACAUGCCAUCGCUGUGUAAGUAGACAGAUUCA